GCUGGGAGGGCUCAGCAGAGGCAGUGCCUGCCACGAGGUGGGAGGGGGACAGCGCAUUGGUUUUAGUGGUUUGCCAAGGGAAGGAAUGUGCUCUGAUGCUAGGGCUAGAGGGACGUGCCCCAGGGAGUGGCUGUAGGAACCCCAGGGUUGCUCUUCAGGUGUUCAUGAAAAAAAUGCACAAAAUCCCGACUGACCGGAAUAAUUCAUGAAGAAGGGGCUGGAUCCGUGGGUCAGAGAACACAGGACCAGUUUGCCAUCCCAAGGCCGAAGUCUGGUGUCUCGGAUUUGGCCCUGCGUUGCCCACUCCUGCUGGAUCUUGUCCAGUCGAGGGACAAAAACGUCCUGGCACCUUCCUGAAGAAUGGGAAAAAAGGAGAUUCUGGAAGCACAGACUGAACCGCCGUGCCAGAGGCCGAGGAAGCGGAUGCCUGAAGGGAGUGCUCCCACACCCACAGGAGCCCCGAGGACAGCUGGUGCUGGAGGCGUGCAGGCCCGAGAAGGGGAGAAAUGCCAGCAGUGACCUCGAGCCACCCACAGCUGUUCCCGAGCAGUCCGCCCAGGACCACCGAAUGGAAGACACACAGCGGAUCUCGCUCACUUGGCGACUGAAGAAGCUGGAACAAAGGCCACAGAGGCUGAAGAAGCAGCAGGGGUCCGGAAGCUUUCAGAAUAACCCUGAGAAAAUCGUCUACUGAAUUACAACCAGUUUUGCUGACAAAAGUUGUGAGAAGAGGCCCCCACUGGCUCCCAUCGUACUUGGAUGCCAUUCCUCAUGGACUUUGAAGAGCUCACCUCUGCCUUCCCAAGCAGGUUGCUCCCAUUUCGGCUCUGGGAGCUCUGGUUAACCUUCUUGAUGAGAAAAUGUUAACUUUUUUUCUGAGUCCUGGAUUAAACGGUCCUACCUGAGACUGGGUCAUUUGAGGCUAGAAGCACCUCGAAACAUUGCUGUUUCUCAGAAGUUGCCAAGUUCAUGGCACCCUUGUUUCCUAUGUGACCAGGGGUCCACUUCUGACAGAUGCUACCUGGCCUCGUCAGUAUGUCUCCUGGUAGGCUCCUUGGUGCUUUUCUUCCCCUCCCCGCCCCCAAUGCCCUGCCCCAGGUGAGACUCACAGAGUGGGGGACCCUGCCUCUCCUGGUGAGGCCCAUGUCUGUGGUGGCAAUGCUGUGGCGGCAAUGCUGUGGCUGGAUGUGUGAGAGAAAGUCUGGUCUGGUGGAACCAAAGGUUUUGUAAGUUCGAGGGUCAUAGGAACAUGGCUCCAUCCCUGGUAGCUUUCGAGGAGGCCCGCCCGCCCCUCAGCCAUUCCCCUGGCUCCACCCUAACCCUUCCUCUCACCUAUUCCAGGAUAGUGUUCUUUUCUCGAUUCAGUUAAAAGUAACGUGGGUUGUUUCUUUCAUUAUUAAAGCAGCACAUCCUUAUUAUAAAUACAUCAGACAUAGAGAUAAAAAAAAAA